CUUUGGUUCAUGUAUAUAAAAUCCUCCUCUGAACCUCCCAUCCUCCUCAUCACAAAAAAAAAAAACGAAAAAGAUCUAGACAUUUCCACACAUAUAUGUUACAACCAUGUCCAUGGCCUCCACGACCAGGGACGAGUCCUCCGACAACGACAGCACCUGCUCCUCCAUAACCCUCGCCGACUCCACCCGCAGCUGGCUCAGCACCUUCAGCUUCCGCCGCAGCAGCAGCAGCAACAGCAGCUCCCUCCCCCUCUGCGCCGCCGCCCCUGACACCACAAAGUCUGCAUCAUGGGAGGCCAUGCGGCGCCUCCGCCUCGACACCGGCGGCAUCGGCCUCGACAACUUCCGCCUCCUGCGGCGGCUCGGCAGCGGCGACAUCGGGAACGUGUACCUCUGCCAGAUACAAAACUCCAUGGUGGGACGGCCGCAGAGCCUCUACUACGCCAUGAAGGUUGUGGACAGAGAAGCGCUGGCCGUAAGGAAGAAGCUGCAAAGAGCGGAGAUGGAGAAGCAGAUUCUGGCGAUGAUGGAUCACCCCUUCUUGCCCACCCUAUACGCUGCGUUUGAUGCCUCUCAUUACUCUUGUUUCGUUAUGGACUUUUGCCCCGGUGGUGACUUGUUCUCUGCGCGCCAACGCCAACCAGGGAAACGCUUCACCAUCUCAUCCACCAAGUUUUAUGCAGCUGAGACACUAGUGGCCCUGGAGUAUCUCCACAUGAAGGGCAUAGUGUACAGGGAUUUGAAGCCAGAGAAUGUGCUGAUAAGAGAGGACGGGCACAUUAUGCUUUCGGAUUUUGAUCUCUGCCUCAAAUGCGACGUCGUUCCGAAGCUGCUGAGAAGCAAAACCAGUUCAGAAAGCAGUGUCAAGACCCGAAGGAGUUCAGCACCAUCUUGUGUUGCAGCCCCCAUGCACUCAUGUUUCUCUGCCUCAAGCAAGAGAAAGAAAGUGGUCACAACAGCAAUCAUAAGGGAAAAUAUGGAUGUUUAUGAAGAUCAAAGUCAGCACAAAGGCCAUGAUUAUUGCACGUCCGGCCUUGGCGAACAUGACACAGAGAUAGUGGCAGAGCCCAUCAAUGCAAGGUCCAAAUCCUUUGUGGGAACCCAUGAAUACUUGGCACCUGAAGUGAUUUCAGGAAAUGGACAUGGGAGUGCAGUGGAUUGGUGGACUUUUGGGGUGUUUUUGUAUGAGAUGUUGUAUGGGAGAACACCCUUCAAGGGUGAGAACAAUGAGAAGACCCUUAUGAACAUUCUCAAGCAGCCCUUGGCAUUUCCAAGGGUCUCUUCAGUGAGUAGUUCUAGCAAGGAGUUUGAGGAGAUGGUGAAGGUUCAAGACCUCAUCAGCAAGCUCCUUGUGAAGAAUCCAAAGAAGAGAAUCGGGUGCUGCAUGGGCUCAGUUGAGAUCAAGAGGCAUGAGUUCUUCAAAGGGGUGAAUUGGGCUCUCAUUAGAUCAGUUAGGCCACCUGAGGUGCCUGCUGAAUUGAACAAGAUUAGGAGUAGAGUUUCGUUACAGAAAUUAAGCAAGAAAGACAAGGAUCAACCAUAUCAGAUUACUCAUCAUUUUGAUUACUUUUAAGCUCUAACAGUGAAAUGUGUAUAUAGUUAAGGAAAACAAGCUUAGCCCAAAUGUGUUCAUCACAACAGAAAUUAAGAUUAAGGGUUCUGUGAUUCUUUCUCCCAUGUUGUUUUUAGCCACUACCAAGGAGAGAAAGAAUUACAAGUUAAUAUAUGAUCAAGGUACCAUACAUUGAACUUACCAAUUUCUUUUGUUUUUAUGCCUUGCUCAUUAAUUACAAUUAUGUGGGGGUUAUUUCUCCACCAAUGAAUUAUUAGUAGUUGAGAGGUUUAUGGGUGUAAAGGAAAGGGAUACCAUAAUUGUCCUAAUGUGAUUCUCAUGAGAGCUUAUAUGAA